UUCAAAAUGCGGCCUAUUUUGCUUUCGGGCCAUGAGCGGUCCCUGACCCAGAUUAAGUUCAACAGCGAUGGCGAUCUCCUCUUCUCCGUCUCGAAGGAUAAGAUUGUGUGCGCGUGGUGGUCCGCCAACGGCGAGCGUCUCGGUACAUACAGCGGCCACCAGGGUGCUGUCUGGACAGUCGACGUCAGCCCUAACACCAUUCUUCUUGCGACCGGUUCGGCAGACAACACCGUGCGUCUAUGGAACAUCAAGACCGGCGAAUGUGUGAAGGUGUGGGAGUUCCCGACAGCCGUCAAGCGUGUGGCAUUCUCCCCCGAUGGAAGCAGACUUUUGGCAGUGACGGAAAAGCGCAUGGGUUUCAACGGUACCAUCGCCAUUCUCGAUAUCACCUACGGCGAAAACUUGAGCUCCCAGGCUGCUGAGCCCAGCUUGACCAUCACUUGUGAGGAGAGCAAGGCAACCGUCGCGGGGUGGAGUUUCCUGUCCAAGUACAUUAUUGCGGGGCACGAGGACGGCAGCGUCAGCCAGUACGAUCCUAAGUCCGGAGAGCAACUCGAGAAUGUGCAGAUCCACGAAUUUGAUAGCCAAAUAACCGACAUUCAAUUCGCCCCCGAUCGUCUUUCUUUCAUCACCGCAUCCAAAGACAAGUCCGCUAAGCUCCUGUCCUCUCGCAACCUCGCCAUUCUCAAAACCUAUAUCUCCGAUACUCCUCUCAACACUGCUAGCGUGACACCUCAGAAGGACUUUGUCAUUCUGGGUGGUGGUCAAGCCGCCAUGGAUGUCACCACCACCUCCGCCCGCCAGGGUAAAUUCGAAGCACGAUUCUACCACAAGGUGUUCGAAGACGAAUGCGGCCGUGUUCGUGGCCACUUCGGUCCCCUUAACACCAUUGAUGUUCACCCCGCAGGUACCGCAUACGCCUCCGGUGGUGAGGACGGUUACGUCCGUGUUCACCACUUUGACAAGUCAUACUUCGACUUCAUGUACGAGGUCGAGCGGGAGCAGAUGCGGAAGUAA